CUCCGCCCCUCGCCCCGUGGCCCCGCGGCUGGAUCCCGGCAUGGUUCUCUCUGAGCUGGCUGCGCGCCUCAACUGCGCCGAGUACAAGAACUGGGUGAAGGCGGGCCACUGCCUGCUACUGCUACGCGGCUGCUUGCAGGGCUUCGUCGGCCGCGAGGUGCUCGCUUUCCACCGCAGCCUGCUCGCCGCCGCCCCCGGCCUGGGGCCCCUCGCCGCCUGCCGCAGCGGCUCGCGGUGCAGCCCGCGCGCCCGCCAGUUUCAGCCUCAGUGUCAGGUGUGCGCAGAGUGGAAACGGGAGAUUUUGAAACAUCACACCAGCAGAAAUGGAGACGUCCACUGGGGAAACUGCCGGCCGGUCCGCUGGCCGGUCGACGCCUGGGAGGUGGCCAAGGCCUUCAUGCCCCGAGGACUGGCAGACAAAGCAGGACCCGAGGAAUGUGACGCAGUUGCUCUUCUAAGUCUCAUCAACUCCUGUGAUCACUUUGAGGUUGAUCGAAAGAAAGUCACAGAGGUGAUUAAGUGUCGUAACGAGAUCAUGCACUCUUCGGAGAUGAAAGUAUCUUCUGUGUGGCUUCGAGAUUUUCAGAUAAAGAUCCAAAAUUUUCUGAAUGAAUUUAAGAAUAUCCCAGAGAUUGUGGCGGUAUACUCCCGAAUAGAACAGCUGUUGACAUCUGACUGGGCUGUUUACAUCCCUGAGCAAGAUCAGCCAGAUGGGUGUGACCAUGAAACAGGAGUUUACCUGAGUGAGCACCAAGUAAACGAGAUAGAAAUGGAAUUACUAAAGGAAAAACUUCAAGAGCUAUAUCUUCAAGCAAAAGGACAAGAGGUGUUGCCUGAAGAGAUCUUAAAUCAACUGGAAGUGGUGAAAGAAUUUCUGAGAAACAACGAGGAUCUUAGAAAUGGUCUUACAGAAGAUAUGCAGAAGCUAGACAGCCUCCAUCAACAGCCUCAAAAACUGGAUUCGAAGGAACCUAGGGCACAGACACCUGAAGGGAAGGCCUGAAGUUGACCUUCAACAAAAAUCAGGCAUGUUCUGUGAAAGUCAGCCGGGCUUCCAUCUCAGCCGUCCUUUUCUGUGCAAAAGGGAAAACUUACCCAAGUACUCCACUCAAACAAAAAGGAAUUUGUGUCAUCUUUUCCUGGACUUUCCUUUAACUCUUUGGGAGUUUUUUUUUUUUUUUUUUUUUUUACAUUCCUAAGCUUGGUGUUAUGUGAUCUGUACCAGCCAAAAAAUAUUGGAUACUCUUGUGCCAAACUUGCUGUCAUCCGGGCUUUUUUGUUUGUUUUUUGGGUUUUGUUUUUGGUUUUGUUUUGCUGUUUAAAAGGUGAGAUUCUUUUCUGGUCCUAAAACUCUAACUGCUUAAACAGUAAAGGCUGUGUUCGGCCAGGCCUGUGUGAAGGGCCACGCAGAGUUCUCUGCCCACUGGCACGCAAGUUCUGUGCCCACACCCUUGCCUGAAAGUCUCAUUCAUGAGGAUGCCCAAGGGUGGGCUGUGAUGUACAUGUUGAGAUAUAAAUCCUUUUUGCCAGCAGGCAAGGAAAAAAUGUGCCUGAAAGGCCAUUUUCUAGCCAUUUCCAGUUAGUACAGAACUGUUAUUACCUGUUUCUGGUAGCUUGAGGCAGUAGGACAAAGAGGUGAGCUGGAGAACACAGUAACUUGACUGACCAAAGCAGGGGGAGGGCCCAGGCCAGCCUCACAAGCAGGGAUGUCCGGGAAAGUUUUGAGGUUGCUGGCUUGUUUAUGGCACUCUUAAGAAAAGUCAGCCUUGGUGGCAGUCACAGCUCUUCCGGUUCAGUUAUAACCUGAGUGCUCCGAGCACAAGGCCUGGCCCUUGCGUGCUCAAUGAAUAUUCGUUAACUGAAGGGUCAACUGAUAGCUUAGAGGUAUUCAUAGAUGCAAAUGUUAGUUACUGUUAACUAAGCCUUGUCCUUUGUUAUGAGAUUGAGGAAUGAAAUUUUAAUAUUCUUAUGGAAGUUCAAAGACAUCAUUUUCUUUCAGCAAAUUCACAAAUUCAUUCAUACUUCCUUAUUCCUUUUACCCAAAAAGUCAUACACUUUUGACUUUGUCCUGUUUGUUUCCUAAACUGCAAAACCCCUGUCCCAUUGUAUGCAGUGGUCUGUGGGAUCAGCUUUACCCUCACCUUCCCUACCUCUGCUCAUUUCCAAAGCCAGCAGUACUAAACUGGGCCUUGUUGCCCCUGGACCUUGAGGGACAGAAUUGCCACAUUCCCCACUGCCUGGAGGAAGUGCUUCCGUUUCGAGCCCAGGUGAAGCCCUGCUCCUUUGCUUACUCAGCUGCCAAACAAGGAUGUGAUUUUUAGAGAAUGGGGCUGGGGAGAUGUAUUUUUACCCUGAAAUGCAUUUAAUGUAGUUCUGUAAAACCUGGAUGAAUGCAAAUAUGCCUGUGACUUCCUGCUUUCAUCUUUCCUGCUACUGUUUGGUCUUUAAUCUUACAUUUUCUUUCUCCCUUCAUUUCAUGGAGUUCCUUUAGAAGACUUCAAUAGUAAAGUAACAAUUUUCUUUCAUCUUGCAACUUCCCGCAAACUAAGAAACUCCAUGAAAUAUUUCCUAGUUUCUACAUGUAAGAUAACAAAACUUGGGAUCAAAUUAAAUCUUGAUUCACUAACCAAUUUAAGAUCUGAUUUCUCACCUUAGGAACUUUGGAUUAUGAACACUUUCAUUUCAUACCUCUUGUAUCUAUUUAGCUUUUCCUUAUCUACCCAAGAAACGUUUUAUCAAGUAUCAACCACGUGCCAGGCACUGAAGUUGAUGCAAAUGGAGGAUAUGUAAGGUAUGGACAAUGCUACGUAGUACUCCAUUGUGUGGGUGUAUCACCGUUUAUUUAGCCAAUAGCCUUGAUUUGGAUGGUUUCUACUAUUUUGAAACCACUGCAUAGUCACUCUGUCAUGAAAAGGCUGGAAAGAAACUUACCUGAAGCCAAGGUUGGAAGGCCUGAUGCCACUGCAUGUUUUGGAAAUUGUUGAUCACCCAUUAAAAACUGACCAUUCGGAUCACCAAACUUUCAGAAGAGGUUAAGAAACAGCAUAGUCUGUCGAUCAGAUGGAAGUCCAAAUCUAAAUGCUCUGUAGUCGGAAAAUUUUUCGGUGUGUCUAGCCUGCCGUGCUGUCUUAAGUCCUUCCACUCCUGUUUAGGAUGAGACAAUCUCAAACCAGUCACAUCUAGAUUAUCUUGAACACAUUACUUUUGAGCAUCUCACUCUAAGUCCCACACAGCGACUGGCAAAACCGAGGAAAGUGCGGGCUGCAAAAUGGACCCAAAGGAGAGUGUCCGUACCAUAAACAACUGGGAAUCCGCCUGCUCUGAGAGAUGAAGCCAGCU